GCGGGCGCAGUCUGCAGCCGGGAGCGAGAAAUCGAAACUCAGCUGUUGAAACCGCUGCCCCCGCUCUUUGGAAUCGCACCUCGAGACUCGCCGAGCGUCCCAGUCCGCAUCCGUCCCGCCGCAGCGGCGACCCCGGCCCCGUAGCCAUGUACACCCGCAGUAAGGUGGUGGGUUCCCGGCCCGGCGCCUCCUCCGCCUCCCGCCCCGCCUGGGACCCCUCGGGGCGCCGCCAGGAGCCGGGCCCGUUGCAAGACCAGAGCCAGGGUUUGGAGGUGGCCCCCGAGAUCCCUUCUCGGCAGAUCCCCGAGCACGCGGGCCUGAGGCACGGGCAGCACACAGGCACAUAUACUGUUAUAGCACCAAAUGAAAAUCGAAGAAAUCAGCUACAAAGAAUUGCUGCGAAAGAGCUGGAGGACCUGGAGAAGUGGAAGGAGCAGAAUAGAGCUAAACCAGUCAACCUGGCUCCGAGGCGGCUAGGUGGAAGCCAAUCUGAGGCUGAAGUGAGGCAGAGACAGCAACUCCAACUGAUGCAGUCUAAAUACCAGCAAAAGCUAAAAAGAGAAGAGUCUAUACGAAUCAAGAAGGAAGCUGAGGAAGCUGAAAUCCAAAAAAUGAAGGCAAUUCAGAGAGAGAAGAGCAAUAAACUGGAGGAGAAAAAACGAUUUCAGGAAAAUCUCAGAAGAGAAGCAUUUAGAGAGCAUCAUCAGUACAAAACUGCAGAAUUCUUGAGCAGACUGGACACAGAGUCACCAAACAGACGUGCCUGUCAAAUUGCGCCUCGUGAUCCACAGUCCUCGACUUCGAAACUUCCAGCCCUACCGAGGGAAGACAGCUGGGCCAGGAGCCGGGCUUAUAAGGAUUCACUGAGAGAAGAAGAAAACCGGAAAUUGCAAAAAAUGAAGGACGAGCAACACCAGAAGAGUGAAUUACUGGAACGAAAACAAUGGCAACAAGAGGAAGAAAGAGCCAGAACUCACCAAACUGAACACAGGAGGGUAAAUAAUGCUUUUCUGGACCGACUCCAAGGCAAAAGUCAACCAGGUAGCCUCAAGCAGUCCAGAAGCUAUUGGAAUACAGAAUAUGAAAAGUGGUAACAGCUGGGGCACAUGGGAAAUAUUUUCUUCCAGCCUUCAUCAACUGACCUUGAAAAACCUCGCGAGAUGCUUUUCCUUAAUGCGAUUGUGUCCGCCUCACUGUUGUGAUCUUGACUUCAACAGCCCAUCCACUCCACUGGGCAGUUGGGUGCUUGUGUGUGUUUGCAAGAGCUGACUGCUGAGCUCAUAUUUAAUCUCUAGUGCCAAUGAAAUGUUGCAUUAUUUUUUUCUAAUUGAUAUUACCUCGUAUUGCCAAAUAUAUAAUUAAAGCAACGUGAGUGAGAUAGAAAAGGAGGGGAUCAUUUAAUGCUUUCAGGUACGUAAAAGCUAUGGAGGAUGCAAGAUUGUAUUUUUAAGCAACUCAUUUUAAUCUAAAUUCUCAGAUCAGGUCUGGAUCCUUUUAGAUUUUAAUUCCUACUUUCUUAAUCCAGCUUACAAAACAAGCAAAAGAGAAAUAAAUCUUUUAGAUGCUUUUAAACAGAUUUAUAAAUAAAUUUUAAACUGUUUCUGUA